AAAAAAUUCGACGGUUCACCGGGACGGGGCGUAAACCCCUCUGGCCCUCUCCCAUAGUCCGUUUCCAAGGGCCGGCCACGUCUUCUCCUCGCAGUGCCUCCCCACCGCCCUCUCCUCCGCGCCGGCCGGCCUCGUCCCGAUCCAGAUCCAGGUUUUAAUCACAAAACGCAAUGGACCUUCCAGUAGCGGAUCCUGGAACAGAGAGAGGCGAAGGGCCGCUCAUUCAAUGUCCGUACUGCGAUUCAGAGGCAAUGCACAAACUGGCACAGCUCCUGCUCCCUGGCCUGGCUGCAGUCUGCGUUGAUGGCACGACAGGUGAUCUGUUCAGAAAGCCCUCCGUUGUCGCGGUUGAGUUGAGGAAGGAGAUGGUGGACUACAUCACGCAGAGGAGCGAUACUUUCAUUGCCGAUGCUCUGAUCGAGUCCGAAGCGAAUCAGGAACCCGAGAAUGAGAUGCCGGAGGACCCUUUUGAAAUCGUUUCAAUUUUUAUGGAUGAUUUCAGCAGCACCAAGAGGAAUAUCAUCGGCCAUGUCUCUGGGUGGCUGCUGAGCGACAACCGUGAGGAUAAGAUUGAUGACUUUGUCCAGGAGAUGGAGAUGACCCGCUUCUGGCCUCUAGAUAGGAGGGAAGCCAUCGCCGAGGUCCUCCUCAAGAAUGUCGACAUCAAGACCAAGUUCCACUGCCCUGAGAAGUAUGAAAAUGAGGAGCGGCUGGCUGAUCACAAGGAACAAUGUAGCUUCAGACCUGUUACUUGCCCAAAUGACGGAUGCCGAGCCAAAGUUUCUGUCCGCUGCAUGGAUGCUCAUGAUGCUGCUUGCCCGUUCAAGGUCCUUCAGUGCGAGCAGAACUGUGACAAACGCCUCCUGAGGCGUGAUAUGGAUAGGCACUGUGUCACUGUCUGCCCAAUGAGGCCCAUGAAGUGCCCCUUCGGCUGCGAUUCCUCAUUCGCUGAGCGCGAUCUUGAGAAUCACUGCUUGGAGUUUCUUCAGGCACAUUUGCUUAAGGUCCUUAAGGUGAUUCACAAGAAAGGGCGUUCCGAAGAAGAACUUAAGGAACUUGCUCAGAAGCUAGAAAAGUAUGAUGAACAUGGUAAGCUGGCUAAAGCUCAGGAUGCAAGACCUCUUACUAAUGCUGUGAAGGACCUUGAAGCAAAGAUGAAAGGUGAACCGUCGAGUUAAAGGGGUCUUUUAUACAGCCAAAUCUCACAAGAUGGAUAAUGACAUGGAUUAGUUGAAGAGUUUGUUCCUACGUACUGCAUACAGAGAAGAAUAUAAGUUCUGUUUUAUUUUUUUGCUUCUUUCUCUCCCUUCAUAAUCAAAUCAAUUUGUCAGUAUUAUAUUGUACUAUUGCUAUGCGCCUGCAAUUUUGUACAAGUAUAUUGUUUGUUUUGGUAUAUAAAUGAAAGGUGGCGUGUAAAUUGAGUUUCUUAA